AUGAGGGAGGAAGGAUAUAGGAGGGAAUGGGCGAGCCUUUAUUGUUGUGCCGCUGAAAGGAGGAACGAUCGGUAUUUAUUGGAUUUCGAUUUAGUCUACGAGGAACCAACAAUGGAAAACGCAGUCGACACGGAUGGACAAAUGAGAUUUUUCGACGAACUGGGUUUGAUACCACAAACGUGUACGUACAAGGGAGCAACUUUCGAUUGCGGUCUUAGUAUCAGUUGCGUCCUAGGCGGGGGCCGUCCGGUCGACCUCUGUUCCGGAGGAUUGAUUUGGAGUUGUUGCAUCGACGAUGACGAUGUCCCGGAAAAAAUACCACGACCAACCGCUGGGAUACUACAAAAUGCUAGUUGCGGUGAACUGUACACGAGAAGCAACAGAAUAGUGGGUGGACAUAGUUCCAGUUUCGGUAGUCAUCCGUGGCAGGCUGCCAUUAUCAAAUCAGGAUUUCUUUCGAAGAAAUUGUCCUGCGGCGGUGCUUUACUGAACAACAGAUGGGUUGUGACAGCGGCUCAUUGUGUCGCGACGACACCGAAUGGAAACUUGAAAGUACGUCUGGGUGAGUGGGAUGUGAGAGACGGAUCGGAACGAUUGUUACACGAAGAAUUCAACAUCGAGAGGAAGGAGGUUCAUCCCCAGUAUUCACCGACUGACUUUCGAAACGACGUGGCGUUGGUAAAACUGUCGAGAACGGUAGCGUUCAAGCAGCAUAUCGUACCUGUUUGUUUACCGGCGAAAAAUUUAAAACUAUCUGGACGUACCGCAACCGUAGCUGGCUGGGGUAGAACCAGACAUGGUCAAACUUCAGCACCGACCGUACUUCAAGAAGUCGACGUAGAAGUAAUACCCAACGAAAGAUGUCAAAGGUGGUUCAGAGCAGCCGGAAGGCGAGAAACUAUUCACGACGUUUUUUUAUGCGCCGGUUAUAAGGAGGGUGGACGAGAUUCUUGUCAGGGUGAUUCCGGUGGUCCAUUAACUAUGUCCGUCGAGGGAAGGCAUGUCCUAAUCGGUCUUGUGUCCUGGGGGAUCGGAUGCGGCCGUGAACACUUACCCGGCGUAUAUACGAAUAUUCAGAAAUUUGUACCAUGGAUCGACAAGGUCAUGAGUUAGAUAAUUUAAUGAUCCACGACGAAAUGAGAAGAAUAUCGGGGCUACACGGUAGUAAUUCAACGGACAACGACAACGAUACCGACGAUAUAAAAUAG